CAGAGCUCCUCACUGAGAAGUUUUCAAUUUAUCUCUUAGGAGUGAGGUUUUUUAAAAACAGCUUUAUUGAGAUAUAAUUCACAAAUCGUAUACCUCACCCAUUUGAAGUAUACCGUUCAAUGGUUUUUCAUAUAUUCACAAGAGUUAUUCCACCUUCACCCAAGUCAGCUUUAGAACAUUUUCAUUAUGUUCAAAAUUCACCCCUUCGUUGUCACCCCAACAGCUCAUCUCCUCCAGCCCGAGGCAAACACUUACUUUCUGUCUCUAUAGAUUUGCCUAUUGUGGAUUUUUCAUAUGAAUGGAAUCAUACAAUAUGUGGUCUUCUGUGUCUGGCUUCUUUCAUUCAAUAUAAUGUAUGCAAGGUUCCUCUACUUUGUAGCAUGUAUCAGCACUCCGUUCCUUUUUAUGGCUGAAUAAUACUCCACUGUAUGGAUAUAGUGCAUUUUGUUUAUCCAUUCUUCAGUUGAUGGACGUUUGGAUGAGUUUAUUUUUUUUAAUAGAAAGAAGGUGUUAAAAAGUUGAAGCUUCUAUAUUUCUUGAGGGUGGAGAAAAGCAUCUCUGUCUUUCAUCACAGGUAGAGGUGACAUACCCAGCAAUGAAGACCAGCAUCCUGCUUAUGUUCUUGUGGGGACUGUCCUGUGCUCUCCCAGUAGCCAGGUAUCAAAAUACUGAAUCUAAGAGUUCUGAAGAAUGGAAGGAGAGAAGUGAGUCAUCAGAAGAAAGUAAAGUUAGCUCAGGGGAACAGGUAAAUGAAGACCCCAGUGACAGCACUGAAUCAGAGGAGGGCCUGCGCCUUGAUGAUCAGCAAUACAUUCACAGCCCAGCUGGUGGCCUUUCUAGGAGUGGAGGAGAAGGAGAUGAUAAAGAUGAUGGUGAAGACGAGAGCGGAGAUGACACCUUGGCUGACGGUGACAAUGGCCCAGGACCUGAAGAGAGGCGAGGAGGGAGCUCCAGACUCGGAAGUGACGAGGACUCCACUGACACCACGCAAUCCGCGGAGGGUAGUGUCCCACAGGGGGAAGACAGUGCCCGAGAUGCCACCAGCGAGAGCAGGGACUUUGCCAAUGGGGACGAGGGGCACAGCAGGCCUGAGGGAGGUGACUCCACUCCAGGCAGCGAGAGUGAGGAGCAGUGGGUGGAAGGCGACAGCGGGGGAGUUAGUAGCCACGGGGACGGCUCUGAGUUUGACGAUGAAGGAAUGCAGAGCGAUGACCCGGACGCCUUCAGGAGUGAGAGAAGCAAUUCCAGAAUAAGCAGUGCCAGCAUCAGGUCAAAAGAUUCGAAAGGGAGCAGCAAGGAGCAAGCAGGCCCUCAGGAUUCUGGUGAAAGCCCAUCAGCGGGGUAUCCCAGUAGGAAAGUUUUCAGAACGUCUCGCAUCUUUCAGGAAGAUGGCAGAGGUGAGCUUGAUGAUAGCAACACAAUGGAAGAAAGCAAGAGUGACUCUACAGAAUACCCCGACUCCAAAGAAGCUGGCCUCGGCCAGUCCAGGGAACGCAGCAAGAGUGAAUCUCAACAAGAGAGCGAGGAGAGUCAGUCCCCAGAAGACAGUCAGAAUGUCCAAGACCCCAGCAGCGAGUCCAGUGAAGAGCUUGACCUGCCUUCUCGAGAAAACAGUAGUAAGUCUCAGGAAGAGGUGGUGCACGGGUCCAGGGGUGACAACCCCAAUAACGUUACCGGUCACUCAGAAGAUCAGGAAGCUAGUGACUCCAGUGAAGAGGACAGCUUGGAUAAAUCCUCCAGUUCAGAGAGCAAAUCCAGUGAGAGCCUCAGAUCCUCGGAGGAAAGCCCGGAGUCCACCGAGGAGGAGAACAGUUCCAGCCAGGAGGGCCCCUGGUCUCCCAGCGCCUCGACAGAGAGCCAGGAAAGCCAGGACAGCCCGUCCGAAGAAGAACAGGGCAGCGAUUCUCAGGACAGCAGCAAAUCCAACGAAGAGAGCAACUCAACGGAGAGCACGUCAAGCAGCGAGGAAGGUAUCCAGUCCAAAAACGCUGAGAUGGAAAGCAGGAGAUUAACGGUCGACGCUUAUCACAACAAACCCAUCGAGGAUCAGGACGACAAUGACUGCCAAGACGCCUAUUAGCACAGGCGUUCCUGAGGGCCCCUCGCGUACAGGUGUCUUGGGGAUUGGCGUCGAGGGAAGUCAUUACAACUGUAACUUACUGAUGUUUGCAUCAGAAGAAUAACCAGAGACCAUUCCUUUAUGAAAGGAAAUACUGGACAUUAUACUUCUUUCUAGGAUGUCACCAAACCAUAGAGGUUUCAAUCACGGGGAAUUUCACUAGGAUGCCCUCAAUGAGACCUGAAGCAAGGGGAGAUGUGCAUUAUAGCUUCACAGCUGAAAUAGCUCCUAACUCAUUCACCUAACACACGGUUAUUGAGAUUCCGUUAGGUACCGGGCACUGUGCUAGGUGCUGCGUGUAUAAACAAGCUUAAGGCUUGUUUCUUGCUCCUGAGGAGCUUAUGGAGGGACAGAUAAAGCCAAAGAGGGAUACGUAUGACAGAAGCAAGAAUUACUACUAUCCAGUGUGGUGAGUCCUACAACACGGGCAUGAACAGAACAUGUGGGAGCGCAGAGCAGGGACCAAAUUUGCCUUAGAGAAUCGGAGGAGGCUUCACAGCAGAAAAGACACUGGACUUGGAGCGUCGCAUAGGAGUUCUCCAUUUAAGACAAGACAAUUCUAUUUAUUCUUGGUAUAAGCAGUAGAAAAUCCUGUAUGAAUAAAUACUUAGUUUGUGAAAGCGCUUUCAAGUUAUGGCACAGUGAGGUGUUUUGGAUAAGUACAACGUUUUCUUUCAAUUAAUUUACCCAUUUCCAUGUUUUUGUGGAACACCAGUUACCAUCACCUCCCUGACCACUGGUGACGAUAUGGACGAAUGGUUUGGGGAGAGUGGAAAAAGAAAAUUCCUCCCUAAAUAGACAACUUUCAGCUUACUUUUUUCUAAGAUCAGUCCAUGUGCAAUGUUAGAAAAACCGUUCUCAGAGUCCUUUGCCUGUGUCGCACGUAGCAAAAUCGUGUGUAUAGAAUUCAAUUGAUUUUUGCCGAAUACCCUUUGAAAUGUUACCUCAACGUAAAAUAUUUGUUUUGUAAUAAAGAAAAUAAUA